GUAUACACGGAAGUGAUUCAGAGCUGUAAGCGUCUCAGGCUGAGCUCCAUCCUGCUGUCGCCUCUGUCGCCUUAAUUUGUGUCUGUUUUUAAUUAGACUUUCUCCUCCUACAGCAAAGUCACUGAAGCCGUAAUGGCGGCGGCGGUUGCUGUUAAAAACUGCGUGAGUCUGCUGAGCUGAUGAGGAGCUGGUACUAACGCACUGUGGGUCACAGUCACACUACAGUCGGUUAGUAAGUGAGGGGUCAAUGGAGACUAAGGGCUAAAGAGCAGCUGUUUUGACAGCUGUGUGUAGUCAUCUGUACCUGGACUGAGACAGAGGCAGAGGGAAUCAGUUAAAACGAACAGAUCUCGACUUUAAACCAUAGAGGUUUGACAUUGACAUUUCUUUGCAUCUGUCAAUCUGCUCUGAAGCAUUCCGUCAAAGAGAAGAAGAAGGAAGUGAAGCUCUUUACCAACUAGUGACCAUGGCCUUUCCCCCUCUGAAGUACCUGUCUCUGGGUGUGCUAGUGUUGCAGACCACUUCACUGGUGCUCACUAUGAGGUAUUCCCGCACACUAAAGACUGAUGGCCCACGGUAUCUGGCGUCAUCAGCAGUGGUAGCAGCUGAGGCCCUGAAGAUCUUAGCCUGUGUGCUGCUCGUCUUCAAGGAACACAACUACAGUAUGCGAGCACUGAACAGCAUCUUGCGUCAGGAAAUUGUCCAGAAACCCAUAGACACACUGAAGCUGGCGAUCCCCUCUGGGAUCUACACCCUGCAGAACAACCUGUUGUACGUCGCCCUGUCCAACCUGGAUGCAGCCACUUACCAGGUGACUUACCAGUUGAAGAUCCUGACCACGGCUCUUUUUUCUGUGUCCAUGCUGGGACGCAGGCUGGGCGUCUACCAGUGGCUGUCUCUGCUCAUUCUCAUGGCUGGAGUGACUCUUGUUCAGUGGCCCUCAGACACCGCUGUAGAACCAGAGAAGGAGGCCGUGUCUGCAGGCUCCCAGUUUGCCGGUUUGAUAGCGGUCCUGGUGGCUUGCUGCUCCAGCGGCUUCGCGGGCGUCUACUUUGAGAAGAUCCUGAAGGAAAGCAAGCAGAGUGUGUGGGUCCGAAACAUUCAGCUUGGGUUGUUUGGUCUGAUAUUCGGUUUCAUUGGAAUGCUGCUGUACGAUGGAGACAGAGUGAAGGAGUAUGGAAUGUUCCAGGGAUAUAACACAGUCACCUGGACUGUCGUUGCACUGCAGGCUCUGGGCGGUCUGGUCAUAGCAGCGGUCAUCAAAUAUGCAGACAACAUCCUCAAGGGCUUCGCUACGUCGCUGUCCAUCAUCCUGUCAACGAUCAUAUCGUACUUGUGGCUGCAGGACUUUGAUCCCACUGGUGUUUUCUUCCUGGGGGCCGUUCUGGUCAUCAGUGCGACGUUCCUGUAUGGCUACGAAGGCAAGCCGUCCCCCAACGUCAGCCGGGCGUAAGACUGUUCUCAGCUGACACUGGAUCAGCAGGAGGAGGACGGGGAGGAGGACGGGGAGGAGGAGGAGGAGGAGGUGUUGCUGAUGUGUGAAAAUGAGGACAAGAACAAAAAGGUAGACAGUAAUUAAAAAUUAAAAAAAAAACGCAGGUGAGGUCUUUAAUCAAGAUUGCAAUAAAGGAGGAGACACUGCUCUGUGUGAUGUCUCUGACACCAAAAGUGCCUCAGUAGAGAAGUGAGAAACACUAUGAAACAGAAAUGAAUGUUUGUCUUCUUUGUCCUGUCAUUGCCACUGUAAGGGUAAAGGCUGUGGAGCUAAAGGACGCUCACCACUGGACUCACCCAGUCUUUUCAUUUUCAGCCUGUUUGACUGCCAAUCACUGUUCACCUUAACAGAGGAGGAGUUCCUACGCCUGCCACACGUCGUAGUAAAACAUUAGUCCGAGUGACGUCAGCCUCCUUAGGUUAGAACUUUCUGAAAGCAGAUUUGAAGCCCAUCGUCUUUGAAAUGUGAAAUCUCGUUGCUGAAUCCAAAGCGAACUGCAGGGAACUGUUAGGGCUGGAUUCUGAGUUCACAGCCUCAGAUCUCAUGUUGUCUAAUGUAUAGCUUCUUUUGCCAUUUCCUUCGGUUAUUUUUAGAUUAUUUUUUUUCUGUUGCCUGGCAACAUGAAGGCACUGGGUAGUCUUUGAUAAAGUUAAGAGAUUACUAUGAGACUGUAAUCUGACUGGGUGAACUACAUGAUACAGGAACGUAUUUGUCAAAUUAGAAAUGUGGGCUUAUUGGGCUCUAAUGUAAAGGAACUAUUUAAGUUAAAAUUCACUGUUUGACCAGUUUCUAAUUCAUGCCAGUAACUUUGAUGUAAAUAUUAGCACAAUUAAAUAAAAAAAAGACUAAAAUUAAUUUUUUUAAAAUAAUUUACUAAUUCAAAACCACUGAUUUUCAAACAUUUUAUUUUUGAGACGGGUGAUGAUGUAAAAAGAAAUAAUUCCAAAUGAAGAUAACAUCUUUGUUGUCAAUCUAAUUCAUGUCUACUGGGAUCUGAACUGCCUGAAUUUACUCACAUUGAUCGGAGGUCGUUAUUCACGUCAGGUAGAUCCUGAUGCUGAGCUAUUUUCUUUGAUGCUACGUUGUUUUGGGGAGGGGAAAAAAAGUUUUAAUUAUUUCCAUGAUUAUUUGAAAAGCUUUUAUUAAAGAAAACAUGAAAUAUUGAUUUAACUUUUGUUUAUUGCUGUUAUUGUCCAUCUGGACCACGAAAUCAAAAUUAUUAGCCAUUCAAAAGUAAUGUUCAAAGUCAUGUAUGUGGCAAGAAGUUGAAAAACGUAUUCUGAUACGUUCAACAAGGAGCUCCUUGUUCAAUAUUCCAAGCUGUUUUGGGGUUUUUUUCUAAAAAAAAAAGCAAAUCAACUGUAGUACUUUGUGAACAGUAAAUAUCUCCAGUUGCCAACAAACCACUUCACACAUAACACUUUUUAAAAUUUCUUUAAUGAAUUUAAAACACUGCAUGCAAAAGCUAGACAGUCUGAGAGAGAGGGCCGUAACACUGGGUCGAUUCAUCAUCUGCUUAAUGUAAUGGUUUGUUUUUCAAUCAGUCAAUUCAUCUUUAGUCGUCAGUGUAGAAAACAGGAGUUUUUCCAUGAACUGUCACGUACCAUUCAGUCUUCUGACACUUGUGCCUUAACAACAAAAACAAAAAGAAAACACUUUAGGCUCUUAUGCAUGUUAUCAUUUGGUGACAGUUUGACUUUGAAUUCAAGUAUAAAUGAAAUGCUUCUGCUUUACACAUUAUAAAAGUCUGUCGUAUGAAUAACAACAUG